CACUCGUUGAGGAGAGCGAUAUUCGUGCUCUGUAACGGAACGGUGAGUAGUGUGCGAGUCCGAGUGCGAGACCAUGGGGUGCGGGACUGGUACGGCGCUUUUGGUUAUAACCAGUGUUAUUAUUUUAGCGGAUUCCGUAUUACUGGAUAUAGGAAAAACCAAAGAAUUAGAAACUGUAAUCAAAGAUCACACCUUUAUUGUAUCAUUAAGGCACAUUAAACCUCGUAAGCGGUCUAGGGGAUUGCUGGAAACAUUAUUUGCUGUUGAUUUUCCUCAAAGCGAUAACAAAUUUUCGUUAUUACUUGACAGAAAAGUUAAAAAAGUGAUCGUUGAAACAUUGGAAGAUGGUCGUAAGAGGUCUCAGCACUUUGUAGUAGACUCGCUGGACGAAGAAACGACAAUAAAAUCAAUUAUAUUGGAAAUCAAUCAAACUCAACCAGGAGCUCAUGCAACUUUAUAUUUGGAUUGUACGUCCUACGGUAUGGUAGCUCUUCCAAAGACUCUAAAAGAAAUGUACAAUACACACAAGGAUCGUAAAUUAGAAGUCUUCCACGAAAGAAAAUAUCAAAUUGAAAUUGACGGCCACCACAGAGACUUGAGAAUGGUUUUAAGUAGGAACGAGUGCCCGCUUUCGUUCCAAUUAAACGAAAGUAAAAUUUGGGACAGUCAUCUUAGCGACGAUUUAAACAAUAACCUUAACGAUGAUCCUAAUAUUCAAGCUCAACAAUCAGACUACGAUCUGUAUCGAGGAGGUGGAGAUCCCUACCGUGUAGACGGAAAGCCAUACCGUGGUGAUAUUCCUUUAGUUUCCAAAUUGGAAGAUUCCGGCAUUUUAGACGCCUUGAACUCUUUGAUUAAAGUCGUCAAUUUAGAAGUAAGGAAAUGCGAAGCCAGCGCUCAAGCUAUCGAUCAACUUCGUCGCCUUAUUGAACAGUGCGAAUUGUGCAAAGCCCAACCCAUUCAGCGACCUAGUUGUGCCACUCAUCCUCCAAAUUGUGCUCCAGGUGUUAGAUGUCACGACACCGCUGAGGGUCCUAGAUGCGGGUCUUGUCCUAGAGGUACCAUCGGUGAUGGAUACCAAUGUACACCUGGUCGCAGAUGCGAUGAAAACCCUUGCUAUCCAGGAGUUCGUUGCGAAGAUACAUCUAGAGGCGCCAAAUGUGGUCGUUGUCCAUCCGGAUACGAAGGCGACGGUAUUACGUGUACAAGAAUAAAUCCUUGCCAAUACAAUCCUUGCGCUCCAGGCACUUCUUGCUAUCCAACCGAGGAGAGUCCCUAUUAUCAAUGCGCUGGUUGUCCUGCAGGAUCUACAGGAAACGGUUCUAGUUGUCAUGAUAUAGAUGAGUGCGAUCUAGUUCAACCUUGUGAUCCCAGAGUAACUUGCCACAAUCUUCGGCCAGGAUACAGAUGCGAGCCCUGUCCUCCAGGAUAUCGAGGAGAUUCGGAUAUUACAGGUGUAGGAGUAGAAGAAGCCCAAAGAAGAAGACAACGAUGUGUAGAUAUCGAUGAAUGUUCAGAAGGAAGGGCUUGUGUUCCCCAUUCUGAAUGUAUUAAUACUGAGGGUUCAUAUCAUUGUGGGCCUUGUGAAUAUGGAUUUAUCGGUAACCAAUCAAUUGGAUGUCAUCAAGGAGAAGGUUAUUGUCAAAGUGGUCAACAAUGUGACAGAAAUGCCAAAUGUCAAGCUUUGGGCUGGGGAAGUUACGGUUGCAGAUGUAAUACAGGAUAUGCAGGCAAUGGAAUAUAUUGCGCAAGAGAUACAGAUCUUGAUAGGUGGCCAGAUAUUGACUUACCAUGUUCUGAUUUGUAUUGCAAAAAGGAUAAUUGUCUUUAUACGCCAAAUUCUGGACAGGAAGAUAAUGACCAGGAUGGUAUAGGAAACGCUUGUGACGACGAUCCUGAUAAUGACAAUGUAAUUCAUAAUGACAACUGCAUGUUUUAUCCCAAUCCAGACCAAACAGAUUCAGACUAUGACAAAAUCGGAGACGCUUGUGAUAACUGUCCGUACGAUAAAAACCCAGAUCAAAGUGAUGUAGAUGGAGAUGGUAAAGGAGAUGUUUGUGAUGACGAUAUAGACAAUGAUAGAAUCCCGAAUGAUCGUGACAACUGUCCCAAAGUUGCUAAUACCGAUCAGUUAGAUAGAGACGGUGAUGGAAUUGGAGAUGUUUGCGACAACUGUCCAAGUGCUUACAAUCCCGGUCAGGAAGAUCAAAAUGAAAACAACGUGGGAGAUGUAUGCGAUUCCCCAAUAGAUACUGAUAAAGAUGGCGUUCCCGAUUCUCACGACAACUGUCGAUUAAUACCAAACCCCGAUCAAUUAGAUACGGACAGAGAUGGUAAAGGAGAUCUUUGCGAUAAUGAUAUUGACGGUGAUGAAAUACCAAAUAAUCUAGACAAUUGUGUGUAUGUGUACAAUCCCGACCAACUUGAUUCUAAUGGUAACUGUUAUGGCGACAAGUGCGACAACGACACCGACAACGAUACCGUUGUAAACGAAAAAGACGUCUGUCCCACAAACUCUUUAAUUUAUCAAACAGACUUCAGUAAAUAUCAAACCGUUGUUUUGGAUCCAGAAGGCGAAACGCAAACUGACCCAAUAUGGGAAAUCUAUAAUCACGGAGCAGAAAUUGUACAAACGAUUAAUAGUGAUCCCGGAUUGGCAGUAGGUCACGAUAAAUUUACUGGUGUGGAUUUCGAAGGAACUUUCUUCGUUGAUUCCGAAGUUGAUGAUGAUUAUGUUGGAUUUAUUUUCAGUUAUCAGAGCAAUAGAAAAUUCUACGCAGUCAUGUGGAAAAAGCACCCUCAAUUAUAUUGGGAAGCCGAACCAUUCCAAGCCUUUGCAGAGCCAGGUAUUCAAAUUAAGGUGAUCGAUUCAGAAACUGGUCCGGGAGAAAUACUUAGAAAUUCUUUGUGGCACACUGGCGAUACUCCAAAUCAAGUAAGACUACUCUGGAAGGAUCCGAGGAAUGUCGGUUGGAAGGAAAAAACUUCAUAUCGUUGGUUCUUAAUUCAUAGACCUAAUAUUGGACUUAUCAGGUUAAAGAUCUUCGACGGAGAUCAAAUGGUGGCCGAUUCUGGAAAUCUAUUCGAUACCACGCAUAAAGGAGGACGGUUGGGAGUUUUGUGUUUCUCACAAGAAAUGAUUAUUUGGUCUGAUUUGGCAUAUAGAUGCAAUGAGAAUUUAAGAGAAGAAAUAUGGAACGAAUUAUCACCAAGAUUACAAAAGAAAGUUAAAAUUGAAAAUAUUGGCAAAUGUAGUGUAAGACCAUCAGUUAUUCAUUAGAAUAUUACAUUAAAUUUUUACAUAUUAUUUUUCGGAUCGUACUUAAUUUUUGAAAUGAAUUUUUGUUUAAAUUUUACUUGUUAACAUUUAAAAAAAUAUAAAUAGG